AUGUUCACCAAAGACGUACAGCUCUUCAAAGAAGCAGAAGUAUACUUCUCUCUUGAAGGCGAACGUUGGCAGGAGGAUUUUAUAUCAUACGAACCGAAGCAAGACAGAGUGUCAGAACACGCGCGUAUUAUCCAUAUCGACUUGGAAAACCGCACCGCGAGGCAUAUCAUGCUAAAGUUCAAGUUCCAACAUGAAUGGAUACUAAUCAGCGAAGUCACGUUCAAGUCGGCACCGACUAUCCUCAAUUCUUCUACUGAGUACCUAGACGAAUACUAUCGCACAGACAUUCCACCAGCUUCAAGAAAGAAAAGAAACAACACUUCUCGAACGUCUGUUGGUAUCGCUUGCGGCGCUCUUGUUGGUGGCGGUGCAUUCAUUGCUACAACUGCGGUCCUUCUCACGAAACGCGUUAGAAGAAGGAUUUCUAACUUGAUGAAAAAACCUUUUUGUCCGUCGCUAAGAAAUGGGAAUUCUGCCAGAAAUAAUAGACGAACACCGCGACUUGCGCUGGCGCUAGCUAACUGCCCUCCGAUACACAUGUUACGACCGGCUAUAGUUGACGAGGACUACCGCGAGCCGUACAACAUAUGGAAAGAAACACUAGGACACCGUGAUAAACGCUACGUUCCCGAUCAGAACGAGUAUAACGAAAUCUACGAGGAGAACGAGUUUCCACGACCCUACAUGAUGCGACGACCGGACCCCCACGAAAGUUUCUAUGCUGCUACCGAUAUUAUACACCACGCAUACCCGGAAGAGCGCUACCGGCGCCGUGAAAGACCCAUCCCGGGUCUCUUCACCUCAAUCAAACUCCCUGAAGCCGAGCCCCCAAACGGGGUGGCGCCCCUGCUGGAUUUCCCGCGGGGGCGCAUGCGACCGGUUACUUUCCUCGGCGAGAGCCUUCACGGGAACCUCCAGAUAUGCGACACCGACGGCAUCGAAGAACUCAGCGACGAAGAGUGCCCGAGCAAUGGCGGCCGCCGCCGACGGCGUGUUGUUGUCAAGACGCUGUGGCGCGGGUGCCAUAACGAUAUCAAAGCGGCGUUCGCCCGCGAAGCUACUUGGGGCGCAGGGCUCAAGCAUCCUCAACUCGCGAGGGUGUUAGGUUUAAGCCUGCUAGAGCCCCCAUGCGCAGCCCUCGAUCGCGGCGAUGCUGCUCCCCUUCCGACGAUUCUGAAAACGAACCAAAAGUUGAAGUAA